AUGGUGGUUCAUGCUGUGGCCUCCAUUGGUGAGAACUACAGAAGAAACAACCCUUGCCACUUCAAGGGUCCUGCUUCUAUCCCUCAAGUUAUUCGCUGGUUACCUCCUCCUGCUGGCUUCGCCAAGCUCAAUUUCGAUGGUUCUGUUGUCAACAAUAAGAAAGCUUCUUCUGGUUUUGUUAUUAGGGAGCAUGAUGGAAGUGCUGUCCGUGAUGGUCUUUAUCAUGCCCUCCACCUCAACUGUCGAAAGCUUUAUGUCGAAGGUGACUCCAAGUUAAUUAUAGACUCCAUCAACAAGAAAUGCGCUCCUCCUUGGCGUCUUCAUACUCUUGUGAAAGACAUCCUGAGUCUGGCUAGCAAUUUCGAAGCUAUUUCCUUUUCCUAUGUUCCCAGGGAAGUCAACUUCGUUGCUGAUGCUGUUACAAAUAUGGGUCACAAGUCUUCUACUCCUAUCACUUGGUCAAGAAAGCUGCCUUUCUCGGCUUUGUCCGCUUUUAAUUUUGAUCAGUUUAGUUCUGGUUGUAGUAGGGGUUUCUUGUUGUAA